AUGGCUCGACUGUGGAGCCCUGUGCUCCUCCUUUUCCUCACUCUCAUCCUCAUCUCCUCAGUGGCUACCGUGGAAUGGGAAAAGGCCAUGGGUUUCCAGGCCCACUCCCGCCCUCAUUUUGCUGUUAAUAAAAGACAAAACGGCAGUGAUUCCACCAUGAAACCUCAACCAUCAGGUAACCAAAGCCCACAAAGCACCCCCGAACAAUCAUCCUCCGAAAGUUCUCCCGUUAACCUCGAGACUCCUUCCGCCACUCCUUCGCCAACAGAGUCAUCUCCUGAUCCACCCGCAAAUACCCCCACCCCCACUCCUACGCCAACACCAACACCAACGCCAUCCCCUUCCGAAACACCUUCAAAUCCCCCAUCCGACACUACAACCCAAGAACCAACGCCGUCGCCAUCGCCAUCUCAACCGUCAUCGCAAUCGCCAGGACCAACGCCAUCAAACCCACCUCCCUCGUCCCCAACCUCUGCACCUCCCCCCCCCAGCACCAGAGCUACCACAGGACCCAACGAAACUCCGAAUCGACCCACCUCAGCCACGAGCAGAAAUACGUCAGAUGACCCCACGUCGAGCGCAAAUGCACCAUCGCCAACCUCCCAGUCAAGCGACACCUUAAGUUCAAGCACAGUGCUCAUUCAAACCACAAACUCAGACGGGUCACUGACAACAAUCACAUCUGUCGUCGUCAUUCGCACGUCAGCAGCGAACUCGCAACCACCACCAAGGAAUACCCCUGGAUUGCAAAUGGGUGGUGGUGCGCCGCGGAUGUCUGUUCGCUGUGGAUUGGGGACGGAUGUUUUGGUUGUUGCUGGCGGUGUUAUUGCUGUUGCUAUGGCUUUGUAG